GUGAACAGAAACUUCUUGAUUUAUUAGUGAAAGUAACUUAUGACAUCGUGCAGUAAGCAUCUGUCGUGAAACUGCGCUCCCGGUGGUUUUGCGCGUUUUGUGUUUUAUUUUGAAAAUGUGUAACCGGAGGAGUUCGGAGUGGUUUCGCCACCUUGACAGGCUGGGAUCCUCCGCACCGCACCGAAGUUUGACCACUCCGGAACUUCGGAGCUCACUGACCGAACCACCGUCUUCUGUUCCCGGCUCUGGUUCUGACUGACCCGCGGAACUUUUAGCGCUCGUUAGCGGACUUCGUAGGAGCCGUUAGGCGGAGUUUCCGAGGUGCGUGUAACGGUUAGCUGUGAAUUUACUUUAAACCUGGACGGCGGAGGAAGCUAACUCAUUUAGCCCACAUCUGACGGUGGCGGAGCCCAGAGCUUUACAGCUCGCUUCUUCGCUUUCUCUCCGGGAGAUUUCGGUCUUAUUUUAACCAGAUAUCGCUGGAAAACUUGGAAACUUUCCUGCCAGCUUCCAGGAAAAUGGAGUGUGAACGCAGAUAACAUUAAGUGAUCAGGGGGGAAUAGACUUUAUUUCCGCUUCAUCGGCCGGGUUUUAACGAAGCACCUUUGGGACUGUGUGAGCCAGGAUGCCCGGAGACCCCUCCGUCAACUUCAACCUCCUCCACCGGAUCUGUAAGCUGGUGGUGCUGCUGUGUUUCCUCCAUAUCUUCGUCACUGUGGUCUUCUAUGUCCGCUCCUUCGAUUUCCGGGUCGCCUUCGCUCAGAACCAGCAGUCCAAACACAACGCCGUGAAACCAGCCCAGGUUAGAAACGCGGAGGUUAGAAACACGGAGGACACCCCCGGAGUCGACCCUGUGAUAGAGAAACCUAAAGCCCCGGAGGAACCGAAAGCCCCGGAGGAGCCGGCGAAGAAGCUGGAGAAAUGCCCCGAGACGUCUCCCCUGCUGGUGGGUCCCCUGCGGGUGGAGUUUAACAUCCCCAUGAGCCUGGAUCUGAUAAAAAAAGAGAACCCCAACCUGCAGCAGGGCGGACGCUUCAAACCCAAAGACUGCGAGGCGCUGCAGAAGGUGGCCAUCAUCAUCCCGUUCCGCAACCGAGACGAACACCUCAAGUACUGGCUGUACUACCUGCACCCGAUCCUGCAGAGGCAGCAGCUCGACUACGGGGUGUACGUCAUCAACCAGGACGGCGAAGAGACCUUCAACCGCGCCAAGCUGCUGAACGUGGGCUACACGGAGGCCUUGAAGGAGUACGACUACAACUGCUUCAUCUUCAGCGACGUCGACCUCAUCCCCAUGGACGAUCGCAACACCUACAAGUGCUUCAGCCAGCCUCGACAUCUGUCCGUGUCCAUGGACAAGUUCGGCUUCAGGUUACCGUACAAUCAGUACUUUGGAGGCGUCUCUUCGCUGAGUAAAGAACAAUACUUGAAGAUCAACGGCUUUCCCAACAACUACUGGGGCUGGGGAGGAGAGGACGACGACAUCUACAACAGGGUGACGUCUCGAGGAAUGUCCAUCUCCAGACCCAGCGGUGAGAUCGGGAAGUGCCGCAUGAUCCGACACAACAGAGACCAGAAGAAUGAGCCGAACCCUCAGAGGUUUAACCGGAUCGCCCACACCAGGGAGACCAUGCACAAAGACGGCAUCAACUCUCUGAGCUACCGGGUGGUGAGUGUGGAGAAGCUGGACCUGUUCACUAAGAUCACCGUGGACGUGGGGAAGCCGUGAAGGGUCUGUGGCGCUGGACCCAGACUCAUGACCACACCAUGCCUCUGACACUUGAAGCUUUAAGUUCUGGUUCUGAUCCAGAGCUGCUGGACUCUCUCUCUCUUUAGUUUUUGCACAGACAGACUCGUGGUUUGUGGAGUUUGUUUCCCUCUUUGGGGCCUUAAGUACUCAUCUCUGAUUCGUCAGCUGGACUCAAUCAGCUCGCUCCGUCUGCGAGUCAGAGGCUGCGGUGACACUUCCUGAAUGGGGCUUUUGUUUUGAAAAUCAGACAAUCAGGGGGGGAUUAUGGGUAAUUGAUUUUGUAUGUAUGUAUGUGUGUGUGUGUGUGUGUGUGUGUCACCCUUUUUUUAAGAAUAGGGGUUUUGAUCCAUAAUCAAUGUUUCUGUAAUCAAAUUUCUUUUUACAGCCAAAGUUCAAACCAAAAUAAAAGACGUGUCUGUUGUUCAGUGGAUUAUAUUCCUAAUUGAUCAAAACUGACUGAUGAUCUGCUCAUUUCAAUUCCAGCAAAAGGAAAAAGAAAGUGGGGGCUGAUUCCUCUGAUCGAUGAGCCGUAAAUCAUCUCGAUUGAUUGAUUGUAUCAAGUGUCCUUAUUGGUACCAAAGACUUUACUGAUCCUGUGGAUGAGGUCACCUGACUGCUGGGCGAGUGUUUCUGAUUAUUGACGACACAUUGAUCCAGCGUGCAUGUUUGUUUGUCUGCAGACCAAUUUCCUCCUCUGUGAACAAGCCACCUGUAAAUGUGCCUUAAUGGUGUGACUGGUUGAACUGGUGGAGAUCUUGUGUGUGUGCGUGUGUGUGUGCGGGGGGGGGGUUCCUUUAAUAUGACGUGUGUGUUCUUCUGUUUGUCUUGUUUGACUCGCUGGUUGACGUCCCGUCUCUGUGGGUCACGCUGUGCUGUAGAUACUGGUUCACAGGGUGGGGGUCGGCCUGCCCCACGGAGGCGAGACGUGAAUGGGAACACAGCAAGCUGGAAAAAAGUGUAAUGAUCCUUUAAAAGCACUAAAUUCAGCUUCAUUAAACCAGUUAAAUUAAUAAAUAUUUGAAAUCAGAUUUCUGUCCUGCUGCAGUGAUGUUGGCCGUGAAAUGUUUCUGUAUGUGGACAUUAAAGAGGACGUGUUGGGCUUUUCCUUA